ACCAGUGCCCUCUAACUCUCAAGGAACGUACCCCCAGAAUGUUCUUCUUUCGAAUCUGAACUGCCUCAGCGUGGCAGAUCCUUUCCGAGGGAGAACGCCAUUGUUGGCGUUUGAAGUUUUUACUUGCCUAGGAUCAUCCACCAACAUCCAAGAUGGUGAACUUUACGGUAGACGAGAUCCGUGGGAUGAUGGACAAGAAGAAGAACAUCCGUAACAUGUCCGUCAUUGCCCAUGUGGAUCACGGCAAGUCAACUCUGACAGACUCCCUUGUUUCUAAGGCCGGUAUCAUUGCUGGUGCCAAGGCUGGUGAAACUCGUUUCACUGACACCCGUAAGGAUGAGCAGGAUCGGUGCAUUACCAUCAAGUCAACUGCCAUCUCUAUGUUCUUUGAACUGCAAGAGAAGGAUCUGGUCUUCAUCACCAACCCUGACCAGCGUGACAAGAAUGAGAAGGGUUUCCUUAUCAACUUGAUUGACUCUCCCGGUCACGUCGAUUUCUCCAGUGAAGUCACUGCUGCUCUUCGUGUCACUGACGGUGCUCUGGUUGUUGUCGACUGUGUAUCUGGUGUCUGCGUGCAGACUGAGACUGUGCUGCGUCAAGCCAUUGCUGAGCGUAUCAAGCCUGUCGUGUUCAUGAACAAGAUGGACCGUGCUCUGCUUGAGCUGCAGUUGGAGUCAGAAGAUUUGUACCAGACUUUCCAGCGUAUUGUGGAAAACGUCAACGUCAUCAUUGCCACCUACAGUGACGACUCCGGCCCUAUGGGUGAAGUGCGAGUUGACCCCAGCAAGGGUUCAGUUGGUUUUGGUUCUGGUCUCCACGGCUGGGCCUUCACCCUCAAGCAGUUCGCUGAGAUGUACUCUGAGAAGUUCAAGAUCGAUGUUGUGAAGCUCAUGAACAGGCUCUGGGGUGAGAACUUCUUCAACGCCAAGACCAAGAAGUGGGCUAAGCAGAAGGAAGACGACAACAAGCGCUCUUUCUGCAUGUACAUCCUGGACCCCAUCUACAAGAUCUUCGACAGCAUCAUGAACUACAAGAAGGAAGAGACCGCCAACCUUCUGACCAAGAUGGGCAUCAAGCUGAACCACGAGGAUGUUGACAAGGACGGCAAGGCCCUGCUCAAGGUUGUCAUGCGUACCUGGUUGCCCGCUGGUGAGGCUCUGCUUCAGAUGAUUGCCAUCCACCUUCCCUCCCCCGUGGUGGCCCAGAAGUACCGUAUGGAGAUGCUGUACGAAGGACCUCAGGACGACGAGGCCGCUGUUGGUAUCAAGAACUGCGACCCCAACGCUCCCCUCAUGAUGUACGUGUCCAAGAUGGUCCCCACCUCCGACAAGGGUCGUUUCUACGCCUUCGGUCGUGUGUUCUCCGGCAAGGUCGCCACCGGUAUGAAGGCCCGCAUCAUGGGACCCAACUUCGUCCCUGGCAAGAAGGAAGAUCUGUACGAGAAGGCCAUUCAGAGGACCAUCCUCAUGAUGGGACGUUACGUUGAAGCCAUUGAGGAUGUCCCCUCUGGUAACAUCUGUGGUCUUGUCGGUGUGGACCAGUUCUUGGUCAAGACCGGCACCAUCACCACCUUCAAGGAUGCCCACAACAUGAAGGUGAUGAAGUUCUCCGUGUCCCCUGUCGUGCGUGUGGCCGUGGAGCCCAAGAACCCUGCCGAUCUGCCCAAGCUUGUGGAAGGUCUGAAGCGUCUGGCCAAGUCAGACCCCAUGGUGCAGUGCAUCAUUGAGGAGUCUGGCGAGCACAUCAUUGCUGGCGCUGGUGAGCUCCAUCUUGAAAUCUGUCUGAAGGAUCUGGAGGAGGAUCACGCCUGCAUUCCCAUCAAGAAGUCCGACCCCGUUGUGUCCUACCGUGAAACCGUCUCUGAGGAAUCUGACCAGAUGUGUCUGUCCAAGUCCCCCAACAAGCACAACCGUCUGUUCAUGAAGGCUGUUCCCAUGCCUGAUGGUCUCGCUGAGGACAUCGAGGACGGCAACGUGAACCCUCGUGAUGAGUUCAAGGCUCGUGCCCGUUACCUGGGUGAGAAGUACGACUACGACGUCACUGAGGCCCGUAAGAUCUGGUGCUUCGGUCCCGACGGCACCGGCCCCAACAUGCUUCUUGACUGCACCAAGGGAGUCCAGUACCUGAAUGAAAUCAAGGACUCCGUUGUUGCUGGCUUCCAGUGGGCCACCAAGGAGGGUGUCCUGUCUGAGGAGAACAUGCGUGCUGUCCGAUUCAACAUCUAUGAUGUGACCCUCCACACUGACGCUAUCCACAGAGGUGGUGGUCAGAUCAUUCCCACCACCCGUCGUUGCCUGUACGCCUCCCAGCUCACCGCUGCCCCCAGACUGAUGGAGCCUGUGUACCUGUGUGAAAUCCAGUGCCCUGAGGUUGCUGUGGGUGGUAUCUAUGGUGUCCUCAACCGCAGGAGAGGUCACGUGUUCGAAGAAAUGCAGGUGGCUGGUACCCCUAUGUUCGUCGUCAAGGCUUACCUUCCUGUCAACGAAUCCUUCGGUUUCACCGCUGACCUCCGCUCGAAUACCGGGGGACAGGCCUUCCCUCAGUGCGUGUUCGACCACUGGCAGGUCCUGCCCGGUGACCCCCUGGACGCUGGCACCAAGCCCUUCACCGUUGUCCAGGACAUCCGUAAGAGGAAAGGUCUCAAGGAGGGUCUCCCAGACCUCCAGUCCUACCUCGACAAACUGUAAAUUACUGUUUUUGUUAGGUGUAAGAAAAUUGAAAAGCCUCUCGAAUGUCAUUUGCCAAAAUUGUUUCUUUUGGGAUUUUUUUAAUGAUAUUUUACAGUUAAGUAAUCUUCAAUGGGUGGUAUUUUUUUCUAUUGUGGUUUUAUUUGUUAACACUUUGAGUGGUUGCCAUGCUAGAGGAUUGCUGAGAGAAAGACCGUAUGUAAGAAUGUGACAUGAAAUACAAUGUCGGGAACCAAUUUUA